AUGUCGCGUUACUGCAGGCGCAAGUACCAGAGGGGGGACCUGGUGUUUGCCAAGCUGAGGGGCUACGCCCACUGGCCGGCUCGGAUAGAGCAAGUGGCCGCGCCCAAUCGCUACCAAGUGUUUUUUUUCGGGACCCACGAGACGGCCUUCCUGGGUCCCCAACGCCUCUUCCCGUACGAGGAGGCCAAGGAGAAGUUCGGCAAGCCCAACAAGAGGAGGGGGUUCAGCGCGGGGCUGUGGGAGAUCGAGAACAACCCUACCGUCCAGGCUGCUGGCUGCCCACAGGCCCAGGAGCAGAGCUGCGUGGAAGGGCCCCAGCCCAAGGCGGAGGCCGCCAAGGGCGACGGGGACCAGAAGAGCAACGCCGACGGCGGCGGUGACGAGCAGGGGGAGCCGGGCCUCGACCAGACGGCCAAGGAGGAGGGCGAGAAGGGGCCGCUGAAGAGGAGCGCCGGGGACCUGCACGAGGCCACCGCCAAACGUCCCAAGGAGGCCGACCCGGAAGGGGAGGAGGAGGAGGAUGAGGCCGCCCGGGAGGAUGCCAGGCCGCCGCGCCUGGAGGUGGAGGACGCCGGCGCCGCGUCCCAGCCGGGCCCCGCCGCAGGGCCGCCCCAGGAGGAGGAGGAGCCCGAGGAAGAGGCUGCCGAGAAAGAGGUCAAGCCCCCAGGGGCGGGAGACCGCGAGAGCCAGUAGGCACCAAAGUUUCAAGAAGAGCCCCCCACCCGCGUUCUGGCUGUUACUGGGGAAACUGGCCACGGCCUGCAGACUGGGACGCCUCCCCCACCCCCGCCCACUCUCCUCCACCCGCUCUCCCUCCCCACGCCCGGCCCCUGGGGACUGACCGACUGGGAUGGGGCAGGCCACCUGGCCCUCACCGCUGUGUCCCCACACUCCUGGGAGCUGAGUCAAGGCCUCUGCUCCCUGGGAUGAGAUGAGACCACCGUGCCCCUUCCUGCCUGGAACUGUUUCCCAAGGCUUCUGUUGGGGCCUGGACCAGCUGUUGCCACCUCCCGAUACCCCUCUCUCCCUGCGCCAGGCACUCUGGACCUCUGCAUUGGAAUCAGGGGUAGGAGUGCAAGGGGUGAAGGAUAAUGAGCA